AUGGAGAUUGAUCCGCGCCUGCGCGCCGGCUCCGACAGCCACUCCGCUGAAACGCCCGCCCUGUCGCACUCGCACUCGCAUCCCCAUGCGCCAGCCCAUUCCUACGCCUCCUCCCCGGCCACGAGACACCCCGACCUCAGCGCCUCCUCGUCCCGCACCACCAGCGAAUAUCCCGACCCGCCGUCCCACUUCUGCGGCGAACAUGUCCACUCCGCCGCCGCCUCGGCUACCACGAAUGAUGUGAGCUACUACGGUGCGUCGUCUGCCCAUUCGUUGUACCAGGGAGGCUCGAGCGCCGACGUGGUGGAUCCGAACGACCCCUAUGCGGAUUUGAAGCGCCCGCGCGCCUGCGAGGCGUGUCGGCAGCUGAAGGUGCGCUGUGAGCCGGACAUGAAUAAUCCGAAUGGCUCGUGUAAGCGCUGUGCCAAGGCGAGGAGGUCGUGUGUUGUGACGGUGCCGACGCGGAAGCGCCAGAAGAAGACGGAUAGUCGCGUUGCGGAGUUGGAGAGGAAGAUCGAUGCUCUGACGGCCAGUUUGCAGGCGUCGCAUGGUCAGGAUCCGUUGGUGCAGCAGCAGCAGCAGCACCAGCACCAGCACCAGACGCCGCCGGUGGAACCCCCGCGCGAGGAACAUGCGGGGAGGAGGUGGUUAGGGCCGACGGCGCAGGCGGCUGGAUCGACGACCGAGGAUCCGCAGAUGGUUUUGUCCGGGGCGAAACGGCAGUAUAGCGGGGAGAUCAAGGAUUCUCGGAAUGAGUCGAUUCUUGGACGCGAGACAACAAGUCCUGGCUCAGAGCAUGCGGACGGGAGACACUGGCGAUUUCCGGAGAAGCCUGCGCCCAAGUCGCAGACAAGUGACUUCGUGGAUGUGAUUGACCGGGGCCUCGUCAGCGUUGAAGUUGCUUCGGACGCAUUCAAUCGUUACGUGGACCGAAUGGCCAAUAACAUUCCCAUGGUGGUAUUCCCUUCCGGAACCACAAUGACUGAAGUCCGCCGAUCGAAACCCAUCCUACUCCAUGCUAUUGUCGCCGCUGCCAUCGGUGCAAUCCAGCCCGAUCUACACCUCCCCUUGGUCAACGACUUCUACAAAGUCAUCGCAGACCGCAUCAUCGUGCGCGGUGAAAAGUCGCUCGAGAUCAUGCAGGCUCUGCUCGUCACUUGCAACUGGUACGCCCCGCCGGAUAACUUCGAAGAGCUGAAGUUCUACCAGCUCAGCCAUCUGGCUUUGACCGUGGGCAUUGACAUCGGCAUGUAUCGGAAAUUCGCGGCGCGGAAUAAACAUUUCAGUCUGGUGAAGGACCUGAUGGCCAAGAAGACGUCGUCGCAGGAUCUGGAUUCCCCGGAGGCGCGACGUGCUUGGUUGGGUUGUUAUUUUGUUGCGGUGCAGGUGUCUACUUCGUUAAGGCGGCCCAUUCUGGUCCGUUGGAGCUCCUACAUGGAUGAGUGUGUGGAGGUUCUCGAGAAAUCACCCGAUGCCUCGCCAACGGAUAAAUCGAUGAUCCACUGGGCCAAACUGGCCCAUAUUAUAGAGGAGAUCAACAUGCAGUUUGUGGGUGAUGACGCAACGGCCACCGGUGCCUUUGUCGACCCAAAAUUCCAGUAUACGCUGAAGGUUUUCGAAAAGCAACUUGAGCAGUGGCGCAGGGAAGCGCGACCUUAUUAUUCCCCCAUGCUAAAACAAGCAGAAUGUAUUGUCGAUCUCUACAUGCAUGAAGGCGCCAUGCACAUGGAGCUAAAUGAGGAGCAGAAUACGGCUGAGGAUUAUUCGAGCCCGACCAGUGCUGCUCACAUGAAUGCGCUGAGUGCUUGUCUCACCUCUAUACACCAGGCGCUGGACACGAUCUGCUCAAUUGAUGUCAAGGACCUAGUUUCUUUACCGGUCGUUGCUCUGGCUCGAACUUCUUUUGCCGUCGUCGCUCUUAUUAAGUUAUUUUCAUUGGUGUCUGCUCCGGAAACGCGCAUUGGACAGGUCAUCGACCCGUCUAGUUUGAGAGUGGAAUACUACAUGGACAAGGUGAUUCAACACUACAACCACGCAGGCAACCUUCCAGGCGGCCGUACUCCCAACAAAUUCUCCGUGGUCCUCCGCAUGCUUCGCAGCUGGUUUGUGAAGCGAAAGGACCAAAUCCCCGCUCUGCAAGAGGCGAUGAGCGGGAAACGCAGCGUUGUACUAUCUCAAGAUGGACCAGACCAUGAACCCAGCCAACCCCCCAAACCCGGCCCAACUCCCCUUCAUCUCCUCAGCGAAGUCGCCAUGGGCGAACCCAAGAACCCCUCUCAACUCUCCUACGCCCGCGGCCAAACCCAAACCCAAUCCCCAUUAACCUCUCAAACCCCUGACUCCCUCCCUCACUCCACCCUCCUCUCCAACACCUCCCAAUCUCAACCCCUCGACCCAGCAGCCACAACCACCCCCUCCUCCGACCCCUGGCCCCAAUAUCCCUCCGCCACACCUCGACAAUACUAUCCCCCCUUCACCUCUCCGUACCAAAAUCUCCCCUCCUCAUCAACAUACCCGGACCCCAACGCCGAUAAUCUCGUCAUGUCCGGUCCGUCGGCUCCCACACCGGGUUUCUUUCUGCCCGAGCUGGGCCUACAGGUCGGUGGGGAUCCGGAUAAUUUGUUCGCGCUGGAGAAUAUGUUUGGGUAUGGGGUGUUGAACUUUCCGAUGGAUUUUGGGGAUGGGACUGCUGGUGGUGGUAGUGGCGAGGGGAUGGGGUUUUAUUGA